AUGAUUAAACUCGACAACACCCUGCCGGUCGUCUUGGCCAAGGUUCCUAUCCUUGUGCUGUAUCGUUCUUUUGAGGGGGAGGAUUUCGCGGCUGAUAUUGACAAGAUGUGUGUUUCAUGUUUAUGCUUAUCUCUGGUCCUGAGAAAUUCUGACAAGGCCAAGCCUAUUGCGAUUGACAGAACUGAGUUGUGGUUGCACUCCG